UGUUUGAACGGAAUGUUGGCCACUAUGAAUGGCACAACGCAUCCCACGAACAAUAGCACAACAAAUUCAAAUAAUUCAAAAUUGGCUGGUAGGCAGCAUUGCUUUUUAUGUGACCUCCCUCGUUGGCCUUGGGCUAUGUGCAACGAUUAUUUGGAACCGGUAUGUCGAGGAUGUGUCAAUUACGAAGGGGCAGACAGGCAAUCUUUUUCUAUAACAUUGAAUAUCUUUGUAAGUACAAUUUCUAUACAAUUUUUUUUUGCUUAUUUCAGAAUAGAGAAUGUAAUCGAGAGUGCUCGUCAGCUUAAACGAGUACAUGGUUUUCCUGUUGGCGAAUCAGUGAAUUCCUUAUCAAAUCGAUCAGCUAUAAAUCAGAAGGAAUCAUUGUUGCAAACAACUGCCGGAAGAUAUUCACCAGCAGUAAGUCGCGGGGUAAAUCCUGUACCACCAUCAACUCAACAACCUAUUGUUCAACAGCAGCAACAACAAGUUGCAGUAGCUGCGGCUGCUGCGGCCGCAGUCCAAAUGCCACAACUACCACAACUAAAUCAAUUGACUGAAGCUCUAGUUCAGCAACAACGUUUCAUGACACUUGCUGGGAGGCCGCCAGGUCAAUUUACUGCCGAAGAUUUACACACUUUGCAACAAUUGCAGAGACCAUUACAUUUGCAGAAUCCUUUAAUACAACACGGAAUUCCAAUGGGUGUAUUUCCGAACCUUGUCGCAAGUAGCGUUGCUAGUCUUUUACCACAAAAUGCUUCACUUGCUGCUGCUGUAGCUGCGUCCAGAAAACGAGAACAUGACAUCGAUGAUAUCAAGCCUGAUGUAUACGGUAAAGUUCAAAGAGGUAAGAAAUUUUAUCUAAAUCUAAAUAUCAUAAUAGAUCGCAAUUUGACAACAAAUUUGAUUGGCUUUACCUAG